CUUCAUCUGUCAAGUGUGCACUGUUCACAAAUGCAGUCUAAAGUCUCUAUCCUUAUCGAGCGCGUCAAUGUUAUCGAGGAGCAACCUGUAAAGCUCCAGGAGUUCGAUGACGAUGUCUAUCCAGGAAUUGUCAUAGCCGUUGAACAAACCAGCUUCUUUGCGCGCUGCAAGAAGGUAAUUGUCAACACAGUCGUCAGCAUGACCUGCGGUGUCUCCAACAUUCCAUACAGUUUCUUUGCCAGAACCAACCAAACUGCCGGACCAAAGCCUGCUUGCAUCACUAUCAACGACCUCCCGCCAGUUUAAAUGAUUACGCACAUAAUUUUCCCCCUAAUGUUAACUUGGAAAACUCUUGUGUUUAAUGGGAAAUGUACUUUUUCCCAUUUCCCCUUAAUUUCCUCACAUCUGUGCAAUAUUCACAAGCAAUAAUCUACACUUUUUUCGAUUUUUUUUUCUAUUCUCUGGACAGUUAACAAAGAAAAAAAUUUUGAAGCAAAGGUUCUGUUGAUAUUCUGAAUUCAUUUUGCAUUUUCUCUUCUUGUUUGAAAAAUAAUAAAUAAAAAUUGAACUCCUAA